AUGCUGUCAGCAGCCGAAAAGCUCCUCCUGGAAGGAUCCGUUUCAGAGUGCCUUGGCAUCGGCAGUGCAACUAUUUCGCGCAUCGUGGCCAACUGGAACCAGUUCCAUGAUCCAACGUUCCCACCAACGUCAGACAAACGUGGACACAGACCCCGGUCCGUGGCGCACCACUUCACCACCGAAAUACGCGAGAUCAUCAAACAAGCCAACGAUACUUGCACUCCAGUGUCAGCUACCACAAUCUGCGAUGACCUCAAACGGACGUACAACGUGGACGUUGCCGUACGAACCAUGCGACGAGUACUCGGGCGAAUGGGGUUCAAGCACCAGAAAGGCAAAACAAGGUUCUACCUGGCCGAGACGGAAGCUAAUGUGGCCUUCAGAGCAAAGUACCUGCGGAAAAAGAUCAACAAUCGCGUGCAAGAAAGUGGUGCGGACGCGAUGCCGGCGCUCCCAGAAACAUGGGUGGACGAAAGCCGAUUACGCAAAACGAAGAGUGGAAAGGGUCCCCGUGUGUGCAUUGUUGGUGCUGGCAUCGUGAAACUUGAAGGGGACAAGCUGGUCGGACGUAUGGUUGAAUCGUCGCUGAAGAUGUGGCCAUCACAACGUAGGGCCAAGCGCAAGAACCGGAACAUUUCCAAUGACGACGACGACGACUACCAUGGUAACUUUAAUGCUGAGCUCUUGGAGAUGUGGUUUGCCAACCUGUGUUCAACGCUGCGGGAUACCUACGGACCAACUAACAUUCACAUGGAUGGAGCAAGAUACCAUAAGCGAAACACGACAGCGUCACCAACAUCAGUCAACAAGAAGGUGGAUAUUCAAGCGUGGCUUACCAUCGAGGGUAUUGAAUUUGGCCAAGAGUUGACAAAAGCCGAACUUCUAGAGCUGGUCAAGGCGCGACGACGGCCGCCAAUCUACGCAGCUCAGGUCAUUGCGACGAAUUGUGGACAUACAUUGUACUACACGCCCCCGUACCAUCCCGAAUUGCAGCCGAUUAAACUUAUUUGGGGUGCUGUCAAGAACAAGAUCGCGCGACGGCCAUCAAAAACCGUUGCUGAGCUGAUCACGCGCCUGCAUGCACACUUCAACGAGUUGGAUGACGAGUUGUGGGUAUCUGCCUAUCGUAAGGUUCAAGGAUUCGAAGACGCGUACCUUGAAACAGUGAAUGAAACACCCUUGGUCGAGGACGAUGUUGUGUCGAACGAUGGAGAUGAUCCUGAUGUGAGUGAGCUUCUUGAUGAGUUUGACGAUAAUGUUGAAUAUUAA